GUCCCUCUUACAAGUACAACAGCAAGAGUGGCUUUUUGGUGAAUUGAUUGGUGAUCCCGAGUUGGUUGAGUUCACUGCGCAUAGACAUGUUCCUUAAUUUCCCCAAAUAUUAAAACAAGAUUCAAAGCACGUCACUUACGUUCCCGCUUUCUGUUUAACAAGUGAAAAACUUGAACCUUUUGAGACCUCAGUUCUCUGCCAUGGCAAAUUCUCAUUUAUCAACACCUUCUGAGCUAUUUUCAAGACAACAUAAGCCCCCUAGGGUUCCAAAUCUUAUUGGGGGCAGUUUUCUGGACUCAAAAUCGUUAACUUUCAUUGAUGUUAUCAACCCUGCAACACAAGAGGUUGUUUCACAAGUUCCUUGCACCACAGAUGAAGAGUUUAAAGCUGCGGUAUCUGCAGCAAAGAAGGCAUUUCCAUCAUGGCGAAAAACUCCAAUCACAAAACGCCAACGUGUUAUGCUGAAGUUCCAGGAGCUUAUACGCAGAGAUAUGGAUAAACUUGCCCUGAAUGUGACCACUGAACAAGGAAAGACGUUAAAGGAUGCACAAGGAGAUGUUUUCCGUGGUUUAGAGGUGGUUGAACAUGCUUGUGGGAUGGCAACUCUACAAAUGGGAGAAUAUGUUUCUGAUGUAUCAAGUGGAAUUGAUACUUACAGCAUUAGAGAACCACUUGGUGUAUGUGCUGGUAUUUGUCCAUUCAAUUUUCCUGCAAUGAUUCCCUUGUGGAUGUUCCCAGUGGCAGUUACAUGUGGCAACACCUUUAUUCUAAAACCAUCAGAGAAAGUUCCAGAGAGAGUUGGAUGUCAUAACAUUGGCAUUUUUCCAGGUGCCUCUGUAAUGCUUGCAGAAUUGGCAAUGGAAGCUGGUUUGCCUGAGGGUGUCUUAAAUAUAGUUCAUGGAACCCAUGAUAUUGUGAAUGCUAUUUGUGACGAUGAUGACAUCAAAGCCAUAUCUUUUGUUGGUUCAAAUGUUGCUGGAAUGCACAUAUAUGCUAGAGCUGCAGCUAAAGGGAAACGUGUUCAGGCUAAUAUGGGGGCCAAAAAUCAUGCAGUUGUAAUGCCUGAUGCUAGUGUUGAUGCUACUGUAAAUGCUUUAGUUGCUGCAGGUUUUGGUGCUGCUGGACAAAGGUGCAUGGCUCUCAGCACUGUUGUUUUUGUUGGAGACUCAAAACUGUGGGAAAGUAAACUUGUGGAGCAUGCCAAAGCUCUUAAAGUAAAUGUUGGAACUGAACCUGAUGCAGACCUUGGUCCAGUCAUUAGCAAACAGGCAAAGGAGCGAAUACACCGAUUAAUUCAAUCUGGGGUUGAAAGUGGUGCCAGACUAGUUCUUGAUGGAAGAAAUAUAGUGGUCCCAGGAUAUGAAUCUGGCAAUUUUAUUGGCCCAACCAUCUUAUCAGAUGUCACCGCCAACAUGGAGUGCUACAAGGAGGAGAUCUUUGGACCAGUUCUUCUUCUCACGGAGGCUGAUAACUUGGAAGAGGCCAUAAACAUUAUCAAUGAAAACAAGUAUGGAAACGGUGCUUCUAUAUUUACCACAUCUGGUGUGGCUGCAAGGAAAUUUCAGACCGAGAUUGAGGCGGGGCAGGUGGGCAUCAAUGUUCCUAUUCCAGUUCCUUUGCCCUUUUUUUCAUUUACUGGCAACAAGGCAUCAUUUGCUGGCGAUCUUAAUUUCUAUGGUAAGGCAGGGGUUAACUUUUAUACACAGAUCAAAACAGUAACCCAGCAGUGGAAGGAUUCGGCCAGCAAAAGCAAGAUUAAUUUGGCUAUGCCAACCUCUCAAAAAUCUUGAGUCCGAAGUUUAUAUUGCCUCUGAAACCUUUGGACUCUUAUAAAUCCUGUUCAACUAUUGUCUUACAUCCUUAGCAAAUUCUUGUGUAAAUAAUACACCCUGAUCCACCUAUUUUUAUAAAGUAUUGUACUAUGUUAUGUUUUAUUGGAUGUGUGCUACUGUAUUGUUCUCAGAAUAAAUGAAUUUCUUGGGACUCGUAGGUA